CACUAAUGGCGUCUCGAAUGAGCGAGUCUUGAUCAACUUCCUUCUAGGGCGCCACUCCUUAGAGGAACAAGAAAGCGCCCGGAUCCGCCGGCGCGGGAUCUACGCCAGAGCUGCAAUUGCCGGUUGAUUCCAGGCAGAGGUGCCGGGCCGCUCAAUUACAAAGCUGCCAUUGGAUAUGUCGAACGCAAGGCGCUCGCUGUAGAAUGCCAAACGUGGCAUGGCGGCGACUCAGCUUAGCAAGACACAACACCACAACCGCUGUGACGAAAUGGCAGACGCCAUGGUGCGAUGAGGCAGGCACAUCGUGUAUGUAUAUAAAGCCGGGCGGUUCCAUCAAUGGCUACUCUGUUGUAAUAGCUUUCCCUCAUUCACAUCAAGCAACUUGAGCAAGCACUACCCGCAACAUAAACAUCAGAAGCAGCGAAAGAAACAUUUGAGUCGCCAACAUGGCUUCCGUCGCUUCCGUUCAGGUCAACGACACCAACGUCUUUUACCGCACGGCCGGCCCAGCAACAGCGUCUGCGCCCACCAUCCUCCUCCUUCAUGGCUUCCCGUCUUCCUCGCAUCAGUUCCGCAACCUCAUCCCCCUCCUCGCGGCAAAGGGAUACCGUGUAAUAGCCCCUGACCUCCCUGGCUUUGGCUUCACCACCACUCCGCCUUCCUACAAAUAUACUUUUGCCAGCCUCGCCGAGACCAUCGACGGCUUCGCCGACGCGCUGCGCCUCACGCGGUUCGCCAUCUACAUCUUUGACUACGGCGCCCCGACCGGGUUGCGCCUUGCCCUCAAGCACCCAGAAAAGGUUGCCGCCAUCGUGAGCCAAAACGGCAACGCCUACGAGGAGGGCUUCGGCGCCGAGUUCUGGGCCCCACUGCGCAAGUACUGGGCGUCGGGCGCAAAGGAGGACCGCGAUGCGUUGCGUGGUGCUCUGGAGCUGUCUGUGACCAAGUGGCAGUACACGGACGGUUCGCCCAACGCGCACAAGAUCCAGCCCGAGGCGUGGACGCUCGACCAGGCGCUCAUGGACCGGCCUGGCAACAAGGACAUCCAGCUGGACCUCUUUUACGACUACCGCACUAACGUGCCGCUCUAUGCUUCCUUUCACGAGUACUUCCGCAGCUCAGAUGUGCCCGUGCUGGCGAUCUGGGGCAAGAAUGACACCAUUUUCGUGGCGCCUGGCGCCGAGGCGUUCAAGAAGGACGUGAAAAAGAUCGAGGUCAAGCUCAUUGACGCGGGACACUUUGCAAUUGAGACGAAUGAGCAGGACUUUGCCAAAACUAUGCACGCAUUCUUUGAGAAAUUUGAGGUAUUCCCGGGUCAUAAAUGAGAUCUAUAAUGAUAUUCAAUGAUAAAAAAAAUCAUGAAGC